AAAUCCAAGAAAUUAAGUACACCCACUAAAGGCCCAUUUAAAAUCGUGAAAAUCCAUAAUAAUCUAACCGUAGAUAUCCAAAUUACUAAAAACAAAAUAAAAAGAUACCACACUAACCUUUUAAAACAUUAUUUUUCAGACGAUGAAUCUGAUAAUCUUGUUCCUCCUUCUAAUCUCUAAUUACUCCCAUGCUAACACUUAUUAUAAUGUCCAACAACUUCAAAAUUCUAGCGGAAUUUUCUAUGAUAAACUCGGUUUAGCACGGUUAUCGAAUUCAAAACUAACCCUUCUAACUCAUUUAAAUAUUACGCAUCUACAAAAUGCUCAUUCCGUAGCACAUAAUAAUUAUGAUCGCAUCGUUCGAAUUUGUAACACUAAAACUAUUCAAUUCCCAAAUAUAACUUUUGACCAUUGCAGUCAACCCCUUAAGAACAUUCAAAAAGAAAUAGAAGAAAUCGAUCGGAAAAGUGAAAUCCUCGAUCAAUUAGUUAAUUAUAAACCUGGACGAUUCUCUCGUGGAUUAAUAGAUGGAGGUUCCUACGCAUUAAAUUGGCUAUUUGGCGUUCCCGACGCUGACGACGCUCAAUACUACAUUGAUAGUAUUAAUUCUCUCGUAAACAAUAAUAAACAAACCCAAACUCUUUUUAAAACUCAAAUUCAAAUAAUUACUAGUACAAUAAAAAACUUCAAUAAUUCUCUAACUUCUCUCAGAGAACAAGAACAAAUAAUGAACACUAAUAUUCAAAAAAUUAAUCAAUAUUUCACGAACAAUAAUAAACGAAUAAAUUACCUCGAGCUGAUGAUUAUCAUAUCAUCGCACAUCUCCGCAUUAUCAUCCCUAGUCGCUCACUUACUAAGUAAAUAUACAGAAUAUAUUGACGCUCUCAAUUUAGGCAAACACAAUAUUUUAUCUCCAACAAUUGUUACCCCUAGGAAUCUAGUGCAUGAAAUGAAACGUUACAAAGGAGAAUAUGACUUAUUAUUAAAUUUAGAUCACGAUGAUAUUACAACCCUUUAUAACCUUGCUAAAGUUCAAAUUAUUUUCGAUAAGGACAUGAUUAUUUUCGCUAUUCAUUUCCCCUUAGUUCAGAAAAAUAUUUACGAUUUUUACCACCUGAUUCCUCUACCUAUUCAACAUCAGAAUAGUUCCUACUUUUCAUUCAUUAAUCCUAAAAACAAAUAUCUCCUUAUGGCCCAAUCCAUGACCCAAUAUUCCUACGUACAAGAUCUCUCAGACUGCAUCGAAUAUCUUCAUGAGAGGUAUGUUUGUAUUCGAAUACAUGCUACCCAAACAACGGAAAGAACGAGCUGUGAAGUCCAGCUAUUAUCACCUCACAUAACCCAGCUCCCCAGAGACUGCGAUACUUCUACUAUCAAAGCCGUGAUCGAGACCUGGAAAUACGUGAGAAACAAUCAAUGGAUCUACGUUCUUCAAAGACCAAUUACCGUAACCACUCUUUGCACUGGAGAAAAAGCUCACAUGGAAGACAUAAUCCUCCACCAAACUGGAAUCUUUUCACUUCACUCACAAUGUAAAGCAUACACCGAAUCAUAUGUGUUAGAAUCGACUAAUCGUACCGGCCAAAAUAUAUCCUUCUACGUUCCAACUAUCCGCAUCACAGAAGAAGACUGCUGCAUCCGUCUACCAAAUAUAUCCAAGGAACACACGGAACUUCUCCAAACUGUUCAUCUCACCAAUGUGGACCUCAACGAUUUCAAGUAUGCCUCUAAGAAGCUGUCAGAAUUCGACGAAGCCCUGACGAAGCAAAUUAAUGAGCCAUCUAUCGCCACGCACCAUAAAUGGUACACUACUGUUCUACUUGCAAUCGGAAGUAUUAUUUGCCUAAUAAUAUUAUUCAACUGUUGCCGCUGGUGUGGAUGUUUCUACUUAUUACGACGUUUCUGCUGUUUCACACGGAAUCCUACUAAUGGACAAUUGGUCUCUCCAACCAUCAAAAAUUUCGUAAACUGCAACUUCGAUUCCAAUUUCCAAUCGGAUUAUCAUCGAGAAGCCCCAGAACAAAUCUGCUAUCACCACCACGUUGGUCCUGAUCCACCCAUUACCACGACGACGUCAUCGACUCACACCGAAGAUGAAGUCAUCUUGAUGUCAUCAAACCCUUCAAGACGACUCAGCGUUAAACCACGCAGGAGUACCACUCCACUUUAAUUUCAUUGAUAUAUUAAUCUAAACAAAACUUUCAUUAAAUUACAUUCUAUCAUUAAUUAGACUUUGAUAAUCAUAGAAUUACUGCAAUCAGUUAUAGGAUUAGAUUUCAUGAUAUUAUUGAUUCCAACUAUUGUAAUUUCUAUUCAAUUUAGAUUUAUCCAUUCAAUAUUUUAUAAUUUUAAAGUAUCCAACUUUCUCGUAACUAAGUAAAAUUCAUUGUAAUCGUUAGCUAUAAGUAUAUUGAAAAUGGUAUUUUCAAUCUUGAGGAAGGAGUUGUUGUAUACCCCAAAAUUCCAGGCUUAGAACCAUAUUUUUGCUCUCCUUAAAACCUUAUAAUUAAAACCUUAAGCCGUUAAAAGCCAAAUCCUUUUCUAAAACCAUUCCAAUUUUCUCCCCAAUAAACAACCCUCAUUUAGAAGAUUUUCCUGCGAAGAGUCCCAUUCAAGACCCUCCCUGAUCCUCAGGCCCAUAUGUCCACUCUGUACCCCUACUCCGAUCCUCUAAUAGUUAUCACAUGGUCAUCCCUCAAACUCUCCCAAAUAUCUCUUGUAGACCUGACUUUUCGAACGCCUUUGGACACGACUGGUUGUCUCAACAAAUUGUACUCCCAGACAAGCAAAUAAAGUUCUUUUAUUUUUGUGGACUAUCAAAAACGAGUACGUUUACUCUGGUAUCCAACACAGUGCAGUUAACGAAAAUCAAACAUUUUUCAACCUGGACACAAGUGACGAAUGUUAUAAAAUUGGACCAACACCCACAUUUCUACAAGGACAGACGACCAUGAUUGGUUUCUCAUCUGGAAGUAGCACCCCCAGCACCAGCCGGUAUAUUGUCCAACAAUCUCAAGAACUGUAAGUACUGACGCUCAGACAUCUUGUAUUCAUUUUCGAAAGAGAUUAUCCUUAAAAAUAUAAAAAUAUCCUAAAAUUCCACAAUGGUCAACGACGAUUUCUUCAAUCUUCCUAACAUUUCCAAUCAAAAUGAUCAAAAAUUGCAAAACAAUCAGCUGCAACUCGU